AUGGACGACAAGGCCGAUAACCGGCGGCCCUCUGUUUCCUUUGCCGACCAGUCCGCCACUGAUGACUCCUCCGAGACGACCCCCAUCGCGACCGACCCCGCCGAAGCUGCUGACGCCGCUGCCGCUGCUCCUGUGCAUGCUCCUCCUCCUGCUCCUGCCCCUAUCGCGACUUGCGCGCCCGUCUCCGCCAGCGCUGCGACCCCCAGCUGUUCAUCUUCAUGGAGCGCCAAUUCGGAUCGACAGCUUGGUCACGCUGUCAGUCCCGACCCUUCAGACCGAGUUUACCCCAUUCGCUCUGUCGUGAGUGUCGACCGCACCGGUAGACACUCCGGUGAGCACGACUACUUUCCGCGACUGCCUGACCACGGUCUAUACCAAGCGCCGCGUCCCGGCAACACUCGCAUCGAUACUACGGCCCUCGAACACAACACCACUCGCCGCGACUCGACUUCGGCACCUACUCCCCGCUCACUUCCCUCUACCGUUACCUCGCCUGCCGAUCGACAGGAUGUGUUUACCAGGAGGAAGAAUACCGGAACAGGACCUUUGUCGAGCGUUCAAGCCGAUGCCGUACGUCACGCCAGCUCGAAGCCUCUUGAGAUUUUCCAGGAUGUGGCCUCAGACGGCGAAGACGAAUCCGCGCAGGGGGAUGAUUCGUCCCAGCACCAGCCGCCUUCCGUGACCGGUCAGCUCGGUGAGCCUGGGUCUGACGGGCUGUUCACGACUCGCUUCAAAUACGUCAUGACGGACGAGGGGCAUCACGUCAUAACCGGCACCGAUAACGUCCUGCAACGAUGCGAAGACGAACCGAUCCAUACUCCUGGUGCUGUUCAAGGGUUCGGCGCUCUGGUGGCGAUUCGGGAGGAAUCCGAUGGACGCUUUUCCGUUCGCUAUGCCAGUGAAAACACCGAGCGCCUGAUGGGUUACUCUCCGCAGCUCCUUUUCCGCCUCAACAGCUUUCUCGACAUACUCACCGAGGAGCAGCAGGAUAACUUGUUGGAUCACAUCGACUUCAUUCGUGACGAAGACGCUGAUCCUGCCAUCAACGGGCCCGAAGUCUUCAGUCUCUCCAUCCGUCCACCCAAAAAGAAGAGUGUUAAGCUUUGGUGCGCUAUUCACAUUAACCCGGCGCACCCUGAUUUGGUCAUUUGCGAGUUCGAAGUAGACGAUGAUCACCAGUACCCGCUACGGCCACCGGAAGAGGCCACACCGAAUACACCAGAAGACACAUUGCAGUCGAACCCCACGAUGGAGGAGCUGGCUGAAAGUACCCAAAUCCUGAGCAAACCAUUGAGGGUCCUCAGGAGCGCCCGGAAGCGUAGAGGCGAUGCGGGUGCUAUGCAGGUAUUCGAUAUCAUGUCUCAGGUUCAAGAGCAGCUGGCGGCUGCUCCGAACUUGGAAGGCUUCCUCAAAAUAUUGGUGGGCAUCGUCAAGGAGCUCACUGGCUUUCACCGAGUCAUGAUUUACCAGUUUGACUCUUCUUUCAACGGCAAAGUCGUCACCGAACUCGUCGACACCACUCAUACGAAGGAUCUGUACAACGGCUUGCAUUUCCCUGCGUCUGAUAUCCCUAGGCAAGCCCGCGAGCUGUACAAGCUGAACAAGGUGAGGCUUCUGUACGACCGCGACCUCGAGACUGCCAGAUUAGUCUGCAAAGCGAAGGAAGACCUCGACCAGCCGCUGGACCUCAGCCAUUCUUACCUACGAGCCAUGUCUCCAAUCCACCUCAAGUACCUGGCAAACAUGGCCGUACGAUCCUCCAUGUCAGUUUCCAUUAACGCCUUCAACGAGCUGUGGGGUCUCAUAGCGUGUCACUCUUAUGGGCCCAAGGGCAUGCGCGUGUCUUUUCCCAUUCGAAAAAUGUGUCGCCUCGUUGGAGACACAGCUUCGAGGAAUAUCGAGAGAUUAUCCUACGCAACCCGGCUUCAGGCUCGAAAGCUCAUCAACACCGCACCUUCAGAAAAGAAUCCGUCUGGAUAUAUUAUUGCCUCUUCCGACGAUCUGCUCAAGUUGUUCGACGCGGAUUUCGGGAUGCUAUCAAUCAAAGGAGAGACAAAGAUACUGGGCAACAUAGCGCAGUCACAGGAAGCGUUGGCAAUGCUCGAGUACUUGCGCCUGCGUGAGCUGUCAUCCGUUGUUACCUCCCAGGAUAUCCGAGAAGACUUUCCCGACCUACGUUACCCUCUCGGAUUCACCGUCAUUGCCGGCUUGCUUUACGUCCCCCUAAGUGUCGGAGGGAACGAUUUUAUUGUCUUCUUCCGGAAAGGGCAAGUCAAAGAAGUGAAGUGGGCUGGCAAUCCGUACGAGAAGACGUUGCGUGAAGGAACCGCUGCCUACCUCGAGCCCAGAAAAAGCUUCAAGACAUGGCAUGAGACGGUAUUGGGCAAAUGCAGGGAGUGGUCGGAGGAACAGGUCGAGACGGCGGCUGUACUUUGUCUGGUGUACGGCAAGUUCAUCGAAGUAUGGAGACAAAAGGAGGCCGCAUUGCAGAGCAGCAGACUCACCCGACUCCUCCUCGCGAAUUCCGCACACGAAGUACGCACCCCGCUCAACGCUAUCAUCAAUUACCUGGAAAUUGCGUUGGAAGGCUCGUUGGACCAAGAAACUCGCGACAACCUUGCCAAAUCCCAUUCAGCGUCCAAGUCUUUGAUCUAUGUCAUCAACGACUUGCUCGACUUGACCCAGACGGAAGAGGGUCAAAAUUUGAUCAAAGACGAGGUAUUUGACUUUGCCAUGUGUAUUCGUGAAGCAACAGACGCUUUCACGAAUGACGCCAAGAGAAAAGGCAUCGAGUAUCAGGUAAUCGAGCAUCCCGGCCUUCCUCACCACGUAUGUGGGGACAGCCGGCGUCUGCGACAGGCCAUUUCCAACGUCACGGCCAACGCUGUACAAAACACUUCUAGUGGCUACGUGAAGGUCGAACUUUAUGUCAGUGAAGUUCUCGAGAGACGUGUGCGUGUCGAGAUCGUCGUCGAGGAUACUGGCAAAGGAAUGACGGCCAAGCAGUUGGAUACUCUUUUUCGAGACCUCGAGCAGGUUAGCGUCGAACUCGAUGAAACGACCAUGCCCGCUGAGGAUGAAAAAGAUGGAAAAGAGGAUAGAAUUUUGGGUUUGGGCCUGGCGGUCGUUGCCAGAAUCGUCCGCAACAUGGAUGGCCAACUACGCCUCAAAUCAGAACAGGGCAUGGGGUCGAGAUUCGUUAUUCAGUUGCCUUUCGACCUACCGGAGGACUCACCCGCCCCAGUAGAAGGCUCGAAGCCGACGACGUCCAUUGCAGCCUCCAGUGCUGCGUCCGUCACUACGACGGUUUUGCCAGACAACGAUGGCGAAAUGAUGCUUAUCGACCGAGGGAGCAAAACACAGAGUACCGAAGAUCACAUGAACCCGAUUCUAGGGGACUCGGGCCCGACGGCCGAAACCCAAAGUCUUGGGAGCCAGAAAAGCGCUGCCACGGGGGCUAGCAGAGCUAGCGACAUGAGCUCCCGAAGCGAUGCGGACCGAUUGAUUGACGCGAUCCAGACCCCGUUGUCCAUCGGUGAAUCGGCCUCUCAGCGGAACUUCUCAAGGGAAAAUUUUCAGCGACCGACGACAGCAGACAGCAACAGCUCAUCGGCUACUGCUGCCCGAGGUAUGGAUGUACCUAGACCGCGCCGUACAGAUCCCACAGCCACCUCCGACACACUGCCCCGGCCUGAGGUUGGGUUUAGUAGUGUCACAGAUACCAAAACACCUAUCAAGGCCGUGAAGGUGCCCGACGAAUACACCCAUCAGCCGUGUAGGCCUCAGGAAAGUGAUACCUCCGGAAUUCUCUUUGAGAUACCGUCCAAGAACCGGGCGACUUCAGAAGCCGGCACAAUAGGCACCUCCACCAGUGUUGCAUCGGGAAUGGACAAUACCAAGCUACAAGUGCUCAUCGCCGAGGACGAUCCGAUCAACUCGAGAAUCUUGCGCAAACGAUUGGAGAAGACAGGCCAUCAGGUGUCGCAUGCUGUCAAUGGCGAAGACUGCGCAACAGUCUAUCGCGAGAAGUCCAACGCCUUCGACGUGGUUCUGAUGGAUAUGCAGAUGCCGAUAGUGGACGGACUCACAAGCACCAAGAUGAUACGAGCGUUCGAAAAGUCCAAUGACCAUGGAGGACAUUCUUCGAUAGCGAGCCACAAUGGCCGAAUUCCAAUUUUUGCAGUUUCCGCAUCCCUCAUCGAGCGCGAGAAGGGCAAGUACAUCGAUUCUGGCUUCGACGGGUGGAUUCUUAAACCUAUCGAUUUCAGGCGGCUCAACACGUUGUUGCUUGGAAUCGUGGAGGACGAUGUCCGCGCAUCUUGCCUAUAUGCGCCUGGACAGUGGGAGCGCGGUGGCUGGUUCAACGUCAGAGAUCGUCGCGAUGAAGAUGGCCCAACGACGCUCAAAGAAGAAGAAAAAGAAGCAUCAUCAAGCCCGUCGUCGGAUGGGAAAAGCCAGAGUACGGCAAAGGCGGAUGCCGCUUCGUGA